GCUGCACUGACAAAAGAAUUAAAUGCGUGCAGGGAACAGCUGCUGGAAAAAGAGGAGGAGAUUUCAGAACUGAAAGCUGAAAGAAACAACACAAGACUGUUACUGGAGCAUUUGGAGUGCCUUGUCUCAAGACAUGAAAGGUCACUGAGGAUGACAGUGGUGAAACGGCAAGCACAGUCUCCCUCAGGAGUUUCCAGUGAAGUUGAGGUCCUCAAAGCUCUGAAAUCUCUGUUUGAGCACCACAAGGCUUUGGACGAGAAGGUAAGGGAACGACUGAGGGUUUCUUUAGAAAGAGUCUCUGCACUGGAAGAAGAACUAGCUGCUGCUAACCAGGAGAUUGUAGCUUUGCGUGAACAAAACGCACACAUUCAAAGGAAAAUGGCAGCUGGUGAAGGGCCUGCCGAAUCAGAGCACAUUGAAGGAAUGGAGCCAGGGCAAAAGGUUCAUGAAAAGCGCCUAUCAAAUGGCUCCAUAGACUCAAACGAUGAGGCCAGUCAAGUUGUUGAACUUCAGGAACUACUGGAAAAGCAAAACUACGAAAUGGCACAAAUGAAGGAGCGUUUGGCUGCACUGUCUUCCCGAGUGGGAGAGGUAGAGCAGGAAGCAGAGACUGCCAGAAAAGAGCUCAUUAAAACGGAAGAAAUGAACAGUAAAUAUCAGAGAGACAUUAGAGAGGCAAUGGCACAAAAGGAAGAUAUGGAAGAAAGAAUAACUACGCUGGAGAAGCGCUACCUCAGUGCACAGAGAGAAUCCACCUCCAUACAUGACAUGAACGAUAAGCUGGAAAACGAACUGGCAAACAAGGAAGCCAUCCUACGUCAGUUGGAAGACAAAAACAGACAGCUGCAAGAGCGUCUGGAGCUGGCUGAGCAGAAGCUGCAGCAGACGAUGAGGAAGGCUGAAACCUUACCCGAAGUGGAGGCUGAGCUGGCUCAGAGAAUUGCAGCUCUGACUAAGGCAGAAGAAAGACAUGGAAAUAUUGAGGAACGUAUGAGGCACUUAGAAGCUCAACUUGAAGAGAAGAAUCAGGAACUUCAAAGAGCAAGGCAAAGGGAAAAAAUGAAUGAGGAGCACAACAAAAGAUUAUCGGAUACCGUAGACAGACUUUUGACAGAAUCCAAUGAGCGUCUGCAGCUACACUUGAAAGAGAGAAUGGCAGCACUUGAAGAAAAGAAUGUAUUGAUUCAAGAAUCUGAAAGUUUCAGGAAAAAUCUGGAAGAGUCUUUACAUGACAAGGAAAGACUUGCUGAAGAAAUUGAGAAGCUGAGAUCUGAACUGGAUCAGAUGAAAUUGAGGGCUGGUUCUUUAAUCGAACCCACAUUGUCAAGACCUCACCUUGACACAUCAGCAGAGCUGAGGUAUUCUGUGAGCUCACUGGUUGAUAGCCAGUCUGACUAUCGGUCAACUAAAGUGAUAAGGCGACCUAGAAGAGGCCGGAUGGGUGUACGCAGAGAUGAACCAAAGGUAAAAUCACUUGGAGAUCACGAGUGGAAUAGGACUCAGCAGAUUGGCGUUCUGAGCAGCCAUCCAUUUGAAAGCGAUACUGAAAUGUCCGACAUCGAUGACGAUGAUAGAGAAACGCUUUUCAGCUCCAUGGACCUCCUGUCACCAAGUGGCCAUUCCGAUGCCCAGACUCUGGCAAUGAUGCUUCAGGAGCAGCUAGAUGCAAUCAAUAAAGAAAUCAGGUUAAUCCAAGAAGAGAAAGAGUCGACAGAACUGCGUGCCGAAGAGAUAGAGAACAGAGUGGCCAGCGUGAGUCUGGAAGGCUUAAAUCUGGCCAGAGUCCACCCAGGUACAUCCAUUACGGGCUCAGUGACUGCAUCAUCACUUGCAAGCUCAUCUCCUCCCAGCGGACACUCAACUCCUAAACUCACCCCUCGCAGUCCAGCCAGGGAGAUGGACAGAAUGGGAGUUAUGACGCUGCCAAGCGACCUAAGGAAACAUCGGAGAAAGAUUGCAGUAGUUGAAGAAGAUGGGCGUGAAGAUAAAGCCACAAUCAAAUGUGAAACUUCUCCUCCUCCAACACCAAGAGCCAUCAGAAUGACUCAUACCCUUCCUUCUUCAUACCACAAUGAUGCCAGAAGUAGUUUGCCUGCUUCACUGGAGCCAGAAAGUAUUGGUCUUGGCAGUGUCAAUAGCAGCCAGGACUCCCUGCACAAAGCUCCCAAGAAGAAAGGAAUCAAGUCUUCGAUAGGACGUUUGUUUGGUAAAAAAGAGAAGGCUCGACUUGGACAGCUCAGAGGUUACAUGGAAACAGAGGCAGCAGCUCAGGAAUCUCUGGGAUUAGGCAAACUUGGAACCCAAGCAGAAAAGGACCGAAGACUAAAGAAAAAACAUGAACUUCUGGAAGAAGCUCGGAGAAAGGGUUUGCCUUUUGCUCAGUGGGAUGGGCCUACAGUGGUUGCCUGGCUGGAGCUCUGGCUGGGCAUGCCAGCCUGGUAUGUUGCUGCCUGUCGUGCCAACGUGAAGAGCGGAGCUAUUAUGUCUGCUUUGUCUGAUACUGAGAUUCAAAGAGAAAUUGGAAUCAGCAAUCCUCUUCAUCGCUUAAAGCUCCGGUUAGCAAUCCAGGAGAUGGUAUCACUGACAAGUCCAUCAGCACCUCCGACAUCCAGAACACCCUCAGGCAAUGUUUGGGUGACCCAUGAAGAAAUGGAAAAUCUUGCUGCUCCAGCUAAAACGAAAGAGUCUGAAGAAGGCAGCUGGGCUCAGACCCUGGCUUAUGGUGAUAUGAACCAUGAAUGGAUAGGUAACGAAUGGCUCCCCAGUCUGGGUUUACCUCAGUACCGAAGUUAUUUUAUGGAAUGCCUGGUAGAUGCGAGGAUGUUAGAUCAUCUGACAAAGAAAGAUCUGCGUGUGCACUUAAAAAUGGUGGAUAGCUUCCAUCGAACAAGCUUGCAAUAUGGAAUCAUGUGUUUAAAGAGGUUGAAUUAUGAUAGAAAAGAACUGGAAAAGCGAAGAGAAAUGAGUCAGCAUGAAAUAAAAGAUGUGCUGGUAUGGAGCAAUGAUCGAGUCAUACGCUGGAUACAAGCUAUUGGCCUCCGAGAAUAUGCAAAUAAUAUCCUAGAAAGUGGUGUACAUGGUUCACUUAUAGCACUGGAUGAAAACUUUGAUUACAGCAGUUUAGCUUUAUUAUUACAGAUUCCAACACAAAACACCCAGGCACGGCAGAUCCUUGAGAGAGAAUACAACAACCUUUUAGCACUAGGAACUGAAAGACGACUUGAGGAAAGCGAUGACAAGAACUUCAGACGUGGCCCCUCCUGGCGACGACAGUUUCCUCCGCGCGAGGUUCACGGGAUCAGCAUGAUGCCGGGCUCCUCGGAAACGCUGCCAGCUGGGUUCAGAUUAACCACAACAUCAGGGCAGUCACGGAAGAUGGCAACUGAUGUUGCUUCAUCACGACUGCAGAGGUUAGACAGCUCAACAGUUCGCACAUACUCAUGCUGACAAGGCCUAGCAAAGAAGCCAGCACUGAAUUGUUAUGUCAUCUCUUUCUUCUACUUUACCUGAAGUGCACUACCGCUACUUAGGAAAAAGAGCAUUAAAACUCUCUGCAAGAACAGGGUAAUAGGGAAGAGAACACAUAAGGUUUAUCAAACAGAUAUGAUGUUCCUUUCAUGUAUUGGUUAGUUUAAAACAAGAAUUUAAAAAUAAACCCCACAAAACUAA